GAACCUCUCUUAGGUUAUUAGUUACAUUUUGUUUAGUUUUAAUUUGACUUAUCUAUCAAAACUAGAUAGAUCUAUUUAGUAAGUAAGGAGAACCUGUUUACUUUGGAAAAUGCCAGUUUCCUUCAUGAACUUUUAGGCGUACCCGGACAAAAAACAAAUUAUAGCAUUUCAGCUUACAAUUUGAACAUGGAAAUAAAGGAAAUCAGCAAUGACUCUUUGGUCUCAGAGUCAAAAUCGAGCUCGCUCAUUUCCAGGCUGGACUCUCGUCAGGAUUCGGUCAGCAUGAACACGAGCCAAGCGACAUCAUUGAGUUUGUCGUCCAGCUCACCGUCUUCAAGCAACGCUGUAUCAACUCUUGAGAACAAAUCUAAGUCAAAAAGCAGUGGUGGUGGAACUUUAGUUGCACCAGCUGGACUCGAGGUUGGAAGUUCUUCUCCCAGGCCUGAAGAUCCACCACUUUUACCAGGUGAGCAUACCCAAGGGACAGCAAAGGAUGUGACUUAUCUUUGCCCCUACAAUGGCCCCAUUCGUGGUCUUUUGUGUGUUACAAACUACAAACUGCACUUCCGGAGUGUAGAUAGGGACCCACCGUACAUCCUUGAAGUUCCGUUAGGAGUCGUAAGCCGAGUUGAGAAAGUUGGUGGGCAGUCGAGCCGUGGCGAAAAUUCCUAUGGAAUCGAACUUUUCUGUAAAGACAUGAGGAAUCUACGUUUCGGACAUAAACAGGAAAAUCAUUCAAGAAGAAUUGUGUUCGAGAAACUGCAGCAAUACGCAUUCCCAACGUCUCACAGCCUUCCUCUUUUUGCCUUUGAGUACAGUGAAACUUUUCCAGAGAAUGGAUGGGCUGUUUAUGAAGUCAUGGCUGAAUUUAGAAGAAUGGGUGUGCCAAAUGACAUGUGGAGGAUAACAAAGAUAAAUGACACGUAUGAAAUCGCAGACUCAUACCCAGCAGUAUGGGGGGUGCCAGCUGCUGCUACUGACGACGAUCUUCGGGCAGUUGCGGCUUUCAGGAGUAGGGGCCGCCUUCCAGUUCUAUCGUGGAUUCACCCUGACAGUCAGGCUACACUCACACGUUGCUCUCAACCGCUUGUUGGUGUGAGUGGAAAGAGGUCAAGGGACGAUGAGAAAUAUAUUCAACUCAUCAUGGACGCCAAUGCACAGUCGCACAAAUUGUUCAUCUGUGACGCCAGACCAAGUACAAAUGCCAUCGCUAACAAGGCAAAAGGAGGCGGAUAUGAACCAGAAGAAUCUUAUCCUAAUACAGACGUCUUUUUCUUUGAUGUUCACAACAUUCACGUUAUGAGAGAAUCAUUGCGGAAAUUAAAAGAAUUGUGCUUUCCGAACAUAGAAGAGUCGAAAUGGUUCUCAGGACUCGAGUCAACGUGUUGGCUCAAACAUACCAAAUGUAUAUUGGCUGGAGCGUGCCGGAUAGUAGAUAAAAUUGAAACUCAUAAGACUUCAGUGUUGGUGCACUGUUCAGACGGCUGGGACAGAACAGCUCAGUUUACCGCACUUUCGAUGCUACUGCUUGACCCGUAUUAUCGAACGAUCAAAGGUUUCGAAGUGUUGAUUGAAAAAGAAUGGAUUAGUUUUGGGCAUAAGUUUCAACACAGAAUAGGACACGGUGAUCAUAAUCACUCGGAUGCAGAUAGAUCACCAGUUUUCUUACAAUUUAUCGACUGUGUCUGGCAAGUGACACAACAGUUCCCAAACGCGUUUGAAUUCAACGAUUAUUUCCUUUUAACGAUUCUUGACCAUCUUUAUUCAUGCCGUUUUGGAACAUUUCUUUUUGACAUGGAAAAAGAAAGGCUGGCAGAGGAUGUGAAAAUGAAAACUGUUUCACUCUGGUCGUACACAAACAGCAAUCUUGAUUUGUACAAAAAUCCUUUGUAUUAUGCACAGCAGCAAGUCCUCCUGCCUAUAGCGAGCAUGAGACACAUUAAACUCUGGCUUGGGCUUUAUUGCAGAUGGAACCCUGCUAUGAGACCACAGGAGCCUGUUUAUCAAAGAACAAGGGAGCUUCUCUCUAUGAAAGAACAAUUAGAAAAGAUAGAAGAAGACUCGAAAAAAGAGCUUAAGAACAGGACGAACCUCGUUCGCAGCAACAACCUGAACGGGCAGACUAGGCUCAGCUCCCCACUGCACAGUUGAAAAUUGAAUUUUAAAUGAACAGAGUGCAAUAAUUUAAAUCAUACCAAAAUAUUUUUCACCUGUUACGAUGGACAAUGUGUAAAAUUUGACGCUAUUUCAUAUGUUAAAAGAUACAAAGUAUUAGUUUAAUCGUCUACACUGACAAAAAAUGCUUAUUUUUGUUUCGCUUAGUAUUUUGUAUAAAUUUGAUGAUGGAAUUUUUUAUCCUGGCAUUCUGCCCUUAUUGUAUAAAACAACUUUGCAAAUAUUAUUGUUGUUCAGAGGUUAAAUUGUUAUGGAUCAAAAUAAAAAUAUUUUAUUAAU